UCAUUACACCCACCAUUGUACAGCUGGAAAGCAUUAGAAGAAGAAGAACUUCCUGUAUUUACCGGUCUGAGUCUGCGCAGUAGAGGCGGAUCAAAAUGACCUGUCGUCGGAGUUAAAAGGAGGGAUGCAUCAUUUUUCUUUCCCUUUGCUCUUCCCUGUCAGCAUUUCCUUGUAGAUCCAUUAUGGCUGGGCCCACCGCAUCAGAGAACCAGAACUUCUGCUUUAAAGACGAGCUGGACGCUUUUAAGCUGAGUUUGUCGCCCAACAAGGAGGUGAUUCUCGAGCAUUACUUGGCUGGAUGGAGUGGACUCGUCAAGUUUCUGAACCGCCUAGGGAACGUCUUUGGCUUCAUCUCCAAAGACGCCAGCAGCAAGAUUCAGAUCCUGAAAAACUUUCUGAACGGUGAACACGGCUCUGAAUAUUUCACCGUGCAGUCUAUGGUGAAGUACGAGCUGGAGAACAACCUGGUGGACCUGAAGAAAGCCGGCAGCCACCCGGAGUCGGGCUGCCGCACUCUGCUGAGGCUCCACCGCGCUCUGAGGUGGCUGGAGCUGUUUUUGGAGCGCCUGCGCACCAGCCAGGAGGACGGCAAGACUUCUGUCAUGUGCGCCGACGCAUACAACGAGUCUCUGGCCCAGUUCCACCCUUGGGUGAUCCGUAAGGCUGCGGGACUGGCGUUCUGCAUGCUGCCGGGGCGGCUGUCGUUCUUUGAAGCCAUGAACGUCGGUACCCCCGAUCAGGUUGUCGCCAUGCUCGGGGAGGCGCUGCCGGUUGUAGUUGAGGUGUACCAGAUCACACAGGACCUCUAUGCAAAGCACGAUUUGCUCGACAUUCCGUAGAGAGGACGACGGAUCGGAUCCCAAAAACCAUCUGAGGACUUUGCUGCUACGCCUGUUCGAGACAGGACAGUCUGAAACCACUAAAGCUCCUCGUCUGCAUUUAAUGUAACUUUAAAUGAUCUUUUAAAUCAUUUGCUUGUUAAUUAAUCUGGGUUUAGAAUUUCUCAGAAAACUUGAAACUGUACAAGAAUCAUUCCUCAUAAGGUGUAAGCUGAUGUGUUAUUGAUGUGUAGUAACAAGGAAAAUAUUCAUUUGAGAGUUAAUUUAUCCAGAAACUGAAAAUCUGUUUUGUUUUUUUAAUGGUUAAACUACUACAUUUUAGAAAUGUCAGUCUUGUAAUGAAUUGUAAAUAAAGCAGAUUCUUUAAAUAUUUGAAUGUAUUUCAUUAAGAAAUGUUCCUCUGUUAGUUCGUAAGUAAUGAAUAAAAAUAAACGGGCAUUAUAAAAAA